CGCGGGGGGCGCGUCUCUGGGUGGCAGUGGCGUACGUUCAUGCGUCAGCUCCGUUCAGCGUCAGCCCCACCACACUGGACGUCAACGGCCAGUAUUGGCAUUUUAAGGAGCACUGUUUUCCGUGUGACUCAGGUGAGUAACUAUGGCCCAGGGGAUCCCAGAGGAGAUGUUAAUGAAUACCACGCUCAUCAAAGAGCUGGCAGAUGUGGCAAAGGAUGCAGCUCUAAUACAUGGAGUGGUAAUGCGGAUUAAAGAGACCCCCAAUUCAUCAGAGCUGGUGACCUACGCUCCAUUCACACUUUUUCCCUCGCCUGUGCCAAAAGCUGUGUUCCACCAGGCUCUGGCAGUGCAAACUCACUUCAAUUUGCUUGUGGACAAGAUCAGUCAGGACUCAGGCUUUCUGGAGGAAGCUCUUGCUAGCACCAUUGCAGUGGAUGAUUUCACAAGGAGGCUGUUUGAUAUCUAUCGAAGUGUCCUAAAAGAAGGAAGGUCUCAGUCCAUCGUGUUGGGCCUGAACCGGUCAGACUACAUGCUGGACCAGAGAGAGGAUGGGACUUCUUCUCUGAAGCAGAUAGAGAUUAACACCAUCGCUGCCAGUUUUGGAGGUCUUGCCUCACGCACCCCAGAUGUCCACCGACACAUCCUUCAGGUGGCAGGCCGGCUGGAGGACAGCCAGCGUAUCCUAGACAACAACCCUGCAGCAGGUCUGGCCAAGGGCCUAGCCAAGGCCUGGAAGCUUUAUGGAUCAGAGAGAGCAGUGGUCAUGUUCUUGGUUGAAGAGGGCCAAAGAAACAUCUUUGACCAUCGAUAUGUUGAGAAUGAGCUGUGGAAAAGAAAAAUUCCUACAAUAAGAAGACGGUUUCAAGAUGUGUGUAAGACAGGGUCCCUUGAUCAGGACAAGAGACUGUUUGUAGAUGGACAGGAGGUUGCGGUGGUGUAUUUCAGGGAUGGCUACAUGCCUCAGAACUACAUCUCUGAACAGAGUUGGGAUGUUCGUCUUCUGAUGGAGCGCUCUCUGGCUGUGAAAUGUCCAGACAUCAGCACCCAUCUGGCUGGAACCAAGAAGGUCCAACAGGAACUGGCCAGGCCUGGAGUCCUGGAGAGGUUUUUCCCCGACCAGCCGCAAGUGGUGGAGCAGAUCAGAGCCACCUUCGCUGGCCUCUACACUCUAGACAUGGGCCCAGAGGGCGACAAAACAGUGGCAAUGGCUUUGGCUACACCAGACAAUUUUGUCCUGAAGCCUCAGCGAGAGGGAGGAGGUAAUAACAUUUAUGGAUCAGAGAUUUGCCAGGUACUGGAGGGAGUGAAGGAGAGCACAGAGAGGACAGCAUAUAUUCUAAUGGAUCUGAUCCAUCCCAGCCCUGUACACAACUACCUGCUGAGACGAGAUGCUUCGCUCCAAGUCAGCAAAUGUCUCAGCGAACUGGGAGUGUUUGGAGCAUAUGUCAGGCAGGGCAAAGACAUGGUGAUGAACGAGUGUGUGGGUCAUCUGCUGAGGACCAAGAGUUCAGAGCACUCCGACGGGGGCGUAGCAGCAGGAGUUGCCGUGCUGGACAAUCCACUUCUGGUCUGAGACCUUAACACGGUUUCCUGCUGGACUCUGACUACAACUGCACAAGCAGACAGCUGUGAAAUCAGGGUUGCACUUUAGAGCUUUGCCACAACUUGAGUCAGAAAGAAGAGAUGCCUAGCAACUUUUGGACAGAAUUAUGAGAUGAAUGUUUGGUCAUAUUCUGGGUAAUGACAAGCUGAAGUAGAAGUAGAUGAGUUUAAGUUGAAGGAACGGUAUAUACAACAAAAAGUAACUAAUGAUGUUUAAUCACAAAAUAACUCCUGGUAUGUACUUAACAGAUUGAUCAUACAUAGGAGUGUAACAUGACCCAAGGGUGUAUUUUUCCAUAAAAUACAUCUUUAAGACUAAAUAGUAACUGUAAAUACAGUAAAUCUAUAAAUCUUACAGAUAAAACUUCCAUUUCUUUAGGUAUAAAUAUCCGUGAUAAUAGAUGAUUCUGAAGGCAACUUAAACCAAUGUUUGCCUGUUGCCUAUAUUUUGUAUAAUAAUGAUUCCUAAAGAGUUCACGAGGGCCAUGUUCAUUAAGACUAAGUGUUGCCAGCCAGAUAAAAGGAAAACCUCAAAGUGUCCUUUGACCAUAGAUUUUUUCUAUUUAUCAUCAACUCAUUUAUGCAGGUACUGUGAUGUUUUGCUGUGACUUUAUACUGUAGGAAAUUGAACAAUAUCUUAAAGACAUGGUGGUACAGGGCAGAAAAAGCAGAACCAUUUUUCUCAUUCCUUGUGGACCAAAUGUUCCUGCUCGACAUGCAGUUAAAAAGAAAACUAUCAAACAGUCAUUUGGUAGGAAAUAAUGCUACAUUAUAGGUAUUUUUACAGGUUAAAGGCUUAAGAUUUAGCCUGUGGAGGAAAUAGAAUUAUGAGUUAAUUAUGACACAGAUUCAAUGGCAUUGUCUUUAUAAAGUGAAGAGAUAUAUUUCAGAUCUUUGAAUCAGCUGACCAGCCACACAGACAGCUGGGGUACAGGAUGAACACUAGUCCCAUGUGUCAUUGGCUGUUCACUGGAGAAAAUAAAUACCUCUUACCUCUCCCUGUUACACUCGUGUCGUGCAUCCUACCACCUCUCGUGCAUCCUACCACCUCACAUACUGUUG